AUGAAUGAAAAGUCAAAACAAAGAAAACUGAUUAGGAAACACAGUAAUCAAAGUUUAUUUAAAAGACGAUCCGUCUUGAAUCUAAGUGGAAAAAUUAAUGAGAAUACUACUAAAACUCAAUUGAAUCAAGAAAUACUGAAAAGUGAAGUAAUUAAUAGUUUGGAAUCGAAAGAUAGAAUACUAAAUUCAACGUUAGUUGAAACUGUACAACAUGACUCAGGAACUAAAUUAAAUAUAGUUAAAAAGUUACCAAUGCGAAGGAAAAGAGCUUUAUCGAUAGACGCAUUAACCUCGACAAAAAGCGAAGAUGACAUGAGUGAUGAUAAUGAUGAUGAAGAUAAUGAUAUACGGAAUAGUAAAGACACUGAUAAUAAUGAACCAAAAGGUCGUCCUAUGGAACCUAAACUUAUAUCAAUAAAUGAAAUUACAACCAUAAAAGAUCAAAAUCAUGACAAAGUGAAUAAUUUGGACAAUAAUAAAAAACCUAGGGGUGGUCCAAGAAAAACAAUUCCAACUAUUGAAGACAAAACGGUAGAAGAUCAGAGUAGUAACAACCAAAAUGAACAGAAUAAUUACAACAAGAAGUCUUGGGGUCGUCCAAGCAAUACCAAACCAAAGCCUGCACCAACCAAUGAUGAGACAGAGGACGAAAAUUCAAACUAUGAAGACACACCAGAUAAUACAAAUAUUAAACAAAGGCUAAGAGGUUGUCCAAAGAAAUCUGAAAAAAUAUUAUCUCAAGCUGGAUCCCCAAAUGAGCGAGAGUUAAUUGCUAACGGAUUGCAAGAAGGUAGUAACAAACUGAAUGAUGAAGGUGAGAAGCCAAUAGGUCUUCUAAGGAAAUCAGCUCCAAUUACUGAAGAUAAAAUCAUAGGGGAUCAGAAUCUUGACAAAUUAGAUACUUUGAAAGAUAAAGUCUAUAACAAGAAGCCAAGAGGUCGUCCAAAGAAACUUCAGCCUACAGAUAUUGAAAAAAGAAUGAUUAAAGAAAAUAGAUUUGGUUUAAUUGUACUAAAUAAUGCUGAUGCUUAUGAUAAAAAACAAAGAGGUCGUCCAAAGAAACCUAAACCAGUACUACCUCAAGUUGUUUCAAAAUCACCAGAACCACCAAAACUACAUAAUAUUAAAAUUGAAAAGGUAGUUGAAAAAGUAGUUGAAGAGACUGAAGAUGAUGAAGGAUUUGAAGAAGGUGAUGAUGCUGAAGGAAAAAGGUAUGGUUUGAAAUUUAAAAGAAAAUCCAUACUACCUAGAUCAAAAAAUGGUUGCUGGAUAUGUCGAAUUAAACAUUUGAAAUGUGAUGAAAUGAAACCUGAAUGCAACAAUUGUUUGAAAUUCGGCUUAGAAUGUGAUUAUAGUCCUACUAAACCAGAUUAUGUGACGAAUAAAGCUUUGAGAGUUGAGAAAAUUGCUGAGUACUCAAGGUUUAGAAAAGAAUAUCAAAGCUUGAAGAAACGACAUAAGAAGAGUAAAUAG